CAGGGUUCUUUGUUGCUACCCGUGGGUCUGGUGAUAUCAUCAUUUGCUGGCUCUUGGCGUGACGGGAGGCCAAUAUUUUAAAGCAGGAUUUUAAAGCUGACUUUAGUGUGAACCUAUCUGAUGCUGGUGUAAUGUGGUGUCUUCAUUCAGAUGUUGCUGGUUUCUACUGACUCUGAGGUGCUGAGACCCCUUGGGGCAGGAGCCUGGCUUUGGACGAGGCCUCCAUAAAACACUGAGCCGGGAAGGGUGUUUUGGGCACAGAGUCAGGAACUUUAUCUCAUGUCCCGUUUGACAUAAGGUUGCAAGAGGAUUUGUUCUUUAUGCCAUAGCCUGUGGUCCUUUCUCUACACCCUUGGUGACUGAGGGUGUGGUGGCUGCAUCCUGCUGAGGCAGAUGCUCCCUGUGAGAAGCCUGCUCUUUUUUACCAGCAUCGAGAGAGGUUAGAAGCCUGUGGGCAGAGCACAGGAGCGUGUGUACAUUGUGUCCAUCUCCAAGGAGAUUAGCAAUCUGAACUGGCAGAUAAAUAGGAUGGUCUUUCUUGAUUGGACCGGUUGAAAGAGGAAGGUAACCCUGACUCCUGUCACCUCCGUAGGCACAAAGGAGAGGCAAGGUGGAAGUGGCAGAUCUGAUCUCUUGAGCUCCUUGCAGCCUCUGGGCGACUGGGACGUUGAACUUGGCGGACAGCUGCAAUUCAUUCCCUGGGAUCCUACUUGCCCUUUCUCUCCCCUCCCCCUCCAGCACUCUCCUUCCCUCUAAUAAAACUCCAGUGCAUUGUGGUACUGCUAUGGAGCCCAGGGAGACUUUGGGCAGCUCCUGGCAAAGGGGAGGUGAGGUGGAUUUUCUGCCGGCCACCGUCGCCUCUGCAAAGCCUCCACCUGCCUCUGGCUGCGCAGAAGAGAUGAUGCUGCCCACAGCAGGCUUGGGGAAAGGGAUCCUGGUGAGCGGAACGCAGAUGGAGCCUGAAGAAGAGGAUGACCUGAGUUAUGGGAGAGAUGUGGAUUCCACUUCCAAUGCAGACAGUGAGAAAUGGGUGGCAGGAGAUGGGCUGGAAGAGCAAGAGUUUUCCAUCAAGGAAGCUAACUUCACAGAGGGGAGUUUAAAACUAAAGAUCCAAACAACCAAGAGAGCUAAAAAGCCCCCGAAGAACUUGGAGAACUAUAUUUGCCCUCCUGAGAUCAAAAUCACUAUCAAGCAGUCUGGGGAGCAGAAGCUUUCCAGAGCUGGGAAAAAUAGCAAAGCAGCUAAGGAGGAGGACAGAGCAUGCUCCAAAAAGAAGAGGAGACAAAACCAUGCUGGUAUCGUCCUGUGGUGCUGUGAGAGCUGCAAAUGUGAUCUUGAGCUGUCCUUCAGGUGCACCAGUUCAGAAGGGAUCAAAAGUUCAGCUGAGCCUCUUCUCUUUUUGUGUAUAAUUGAGAUUUAAGAUUAAUCUUUACAUGAAUUAUAAAUGAAGGAGCCCACUUCUAAACUGCUUUGUGUCUGAGCACUAAUGCUUGAGCCUUUUGGCAGUUAAAGCUUUCAAUUACAUUUUUAAAGUACAAGUAUAUGCAUAGAGAACAAUUGAAUCCAUUCCUGUAUACCAAGCAAAUGGCUCCAUUAUUCUUGAUUACGGCAUUGUGCUAGCAACGCUAUAGUUAUGCUUCAGAAAAUACUUCCAUUAUAAGUCUCAUUCUUCCAGAUGCUUAUCAUUUUCUUGAAAUAUCCUGCUGGAGAGAAUUCUUUGAUAGCUUAAGCUAGGUUAAACAUCAUAUUUUUCUUCUUUUUGGUGUGUGUGAUUCAGUCAAGAAGGGGAACAGGGUAUAAAGAAAAGAUUUUCCUUAUAUGAGCUGAUUUCAGGAGAACCCUUUUUAUUUUCUUGUUGGAUUAAUUUUGAGUAAUCUGUCCUAUACUUAGAUUUUAAAAGAAAUUAAAUUCUGAGGCAGCACUGAGGGUGGGUGGGGGGAUGAAACCUUGUGACUACUCAUGUUAUUUUGGGUGUAGGAGUGUUUUUUGUCCUAGGAAUCAGACAAAGGAGCCUUGGUCAGGUUGAGGCUUUAUCACAAUAUAAAUACUUCACUUCCGCCUCUUAAGCAACAUGUAGACUUUGUGAUGAGUUCAGACAGGAGUCCACGUCUGAUGAAAGACUCAAAUAUCUCUGAAACCUGGACAAAUGGAUUUGGGAUAUAGGCUUGCACCAAUCUAGAGCUCAGGGGAUGACUUGGCCUCGCUGUUCAAUGUAACUUUGAUCCCUUGCUGUACAGAAGAUCCUCACUUCUCCUGUAUGUCAUACCCACGAUGGGUGCUCAAAGGGCUACUUUAAGCCCGGAAGAGGCUACUUGCCAGUGGCCCUCUCAGGAGACAGUGUCUUUCACAGGCUGACCUUUACCAAAAGUCUGUUGACAACUCUAAAUUGCUUUCUGAAGCAGCCAUAUUUCCCACUGAUGUGAGGCAGAGCCCAGGGAGGUUAAUGUUACUCAAAGGUACUUACCUUGGAAGCUGAACUUGUGUGGGGGAGAAAUCAAGGGGAAUUUUUCUUAGAACCCUGGUAAAUGGCAUACUCCUUGCACAUCAAAAAUAGCACAGUGGAGUUUUGGUCCAGUAAUACACUGGGAAUAGAUUUUUCCCACCUAUUGAGAAGGAUGGGCUGCAUUCUUAGCACUGAGAAGUGUCUUAUUUCUAUUUCCUUAUCCUCCCUAAAUACUUGCAGCAGUCUCAAGGGAAACAGUGGUUGUGUGGGACUCCGCUCAGAGACAGCAAAGGUGUUGUAAGCAAUCCCUCUAUGGCCAAGAAGGGAGAAAAAAGACUUGCUAACCACUGCGUACUGCACA